AUGAAACAAGUGGAAAGCGUUGCUGGCGAGAAAGCCGUAGAUGUCCAAGUUGAUCAUGACUCGUAUACCGCUAGUGAAAGUGAACUGAAACUAAGUGGGUGGGAAAGGUUUAAGGACUCGUUUAGACGUCAAGACCAGGGGUACGAGGACCUCGACCCCGAUUUAUCUGACGUAGAAAGGGCAGCGAUUUUGACAGCAAGGGCCCCACUUUCUCGUACAUUGCAGGGCAGACAUUUGCAAAUGAUCGCUAUUGGAGGCUCUAUAGGAACUGGUUUAUUUGUGGGUGCAGGUAGUAAAUUGAGCACUGGGGGUCCAGCGGGAGUUUUGAUUGCUUAUUCCUUAAUUGGAUCCUUGACUUAUGUUACUUGCCAGGCGGUUGGUGAGCUUACGGUAACUUUUCCUGUUGCAGGUGCCUAUAUCACCUUUCCUACCCGUUUUAUUGACCCCUCUUGGGGAUUUGCUAUGUCAUGGAAUGUGGCGAUGUCUUGUCUCAUUGGAUUCCCUCUAGAACUUGUGGCCGCUUCGAUGACAAUUCGUUACUGGAAUCCAGAUGUAAAUCCAGCUGCCAUCAUUGUGGUGUUUUAUGUCUUCAUUUGUUCGAUUAACUUCUUUGGGGUUAAAGGUUAUGGAGAGGCAGAAUUUGUUUUCUCUUCGAUUAAAAUCACUGCUAUCAUCGGAUUCAUAUUAUUUGGAAUCAUUGUUGUCUGCGGGGGUGGCCCAAGUCACGAAUACCUUGGUGCACGUUAUUUUCAUGAUCCCGGGGCAUUCGCAAAUGGAUUUAAAGGAGUUUGUGCAGUUUUUGUAUCUGCUGCAUAUUCCUUUGCUGGAACAGAAGCAGUAGGGUUGGUAGCUGCAGAAACUGAAAAUCCAAGAAAAACUAUUCCCAAGGCUACUAAGCAAGUAUUCUGGAGAGUAUUGUUGUUCUACAUAAUUUCAUUGUUGAUGGUUGGAUUAUUGGUCCCUUACACCGAUCCUAGAUUGUUGUCUGGUAGCAGUUUUGUGGAUGCUAAAGCUUCUCCAUUCGUUUUGGCCAUAGUAGAUGCUGGGGUCAAGGGAUUACCAUCUGUUAUAAAUGCUGUUAUCUUAGUUGCAGUUCUUUCAGUGGGAAAUGCUGACAUCUUUAUUGCUAGUAGAGUUCUUUCUGCUCUUGCUGCUGCUAAUCAUGCACCAAAGAUUUUUGGUUAUAUCGAUAAGAAUGGGCGUCCAUUGUUUGGUAUUAUUGCUGCAAGUCUCACGGGUGCGUUAUGUUUUCUUGUUGGUACUGGUAAAGAUAUGACAAUUUUCAAUUGGUUAUUAUCUGUGUCUGGGCUCAGUGCCUUAUUCAACUGGGGUUCAAUUUGUUUAUGCCAUAUUCGUGUAAGACGUGCAUUGAAAAGUCAAGGAAGAAGUACCGAUGAGUUGGCGUUCACUGCACAAACUGGGGAAUAUGGAUCCUAUUAUGGUAUUAUAUUAUGUAUUUUGGUUAUUAUAGCUCAGUUCUGGGUUGCCCUUUUUCCUAUUGGUGGUAAGCCAAAUGCUGCAGACUUCUUUAUGGCUUAUUUGUCAUUCCCAAUUGUUUUAUUCUUCUAUGUUUCACACAAGAUCUGGCAUAAGAAUUGGAGAUUAUACAUCCGGGCUAAAGACAUAGAUGUUGAUACGGGUAGAAGAGAUACAGAUUUUGAUUUAUUGAAACAAGAGCUCGCUGAGGAAAGAAAAGAGCUUUCUCAAAGAUCCUUUUUAUAUAGAACUUGGAAUUUUUGGUGUUAG